GAAUAAGGAAAUGGCAGAAUGUUUUGAGUCGGAGCCGGUGGGUCGCACUGCCGGAGUGACAGCGGCCGUCAUUGCCGGUGACUGUCACUGUCACAUACGGGGGACGCUCGGCUUCACGGGCAGCAGCGGCCGCAGGGAGCCUUCAUGCCGACGCUGUUUACAUUGUGCGGGGAAAAUAUUCCGAGUUGCGAAACGACACGAAAGGCAGCUCUGGUGUUUAUAAUGUCAGGAUUUAUACUGUGCGGAAAAACGCCGACAGCGUCUAUACUGUCGCUCUUGUUCUGCGGGGAAAAAGGCAUUUUUCCUUCGUGCACGUCCUUUCAGUUCAGUCGCUUUAUCUAAGUUUUGACAGGUGCAUGUGUCUAUGUUAGUAUAUAUGGGAUCGCUUGUUGUUUUUAAGGAAUUAGUUUUAUAAAAGAACAACCACACUAUUAACCAUACAAUUGUUACUUAGAUUUUUUAUUCAGAUUAUAUAUUUUAUUGAUUAUGUAUUAUUAUUAUGUAUUUUAUUGUUUGUUUUUGGCGAUUUGUAACUAUAUUUGAACAGCGCUAUAUAUAUAUAAAGUAUUACUCACUUAUCUGACAUUUACUUUAUUUUCGUAUUGAAUGUGGCUGUCAGUGAGCUGUAGUCGGUCACUUUUCACCUGCACUAACUUUGUUUUGCGUUCGGUGUCCGUGGAACAUAAUGCUGUAUUUCGCGUUACGGUGUCACGGUGUGUUUCUGUACUGGACUGAAGGUUGGAAGAUGGAUGUGUGGAUGUUCCCGAAGAACGAAGAACUUGUAUCAUCACCAUCAGGUGUUUGCGAGAAACUUGGCUGAAUACCUUAUGCAUUCUGAAAACUAUUGUGUAAUAAGCUGGGAAAAUGCGCUGUUUAGAACUGAACUUGGAAAGUUUUGAAUUAGGUUUUUUUUAGGUUUAGUUGGGUUUUCAGAUUCCCCACUGGAGGGAAACUUUGAGGUUAUACCUCUGUCUUGGGGCCUGUCUUGCUCACAUGUUAGCCUCUGGCGUUUCUGGUAGCUUUGCGUGUUUUGCUGUUGGAAGGAUUUUUCUGAGUGUUUGUGAAGCUUUGUGGCCGCAUGACGGCAGUUCCUGUGGUGACUGUAGGCCUGAGAGACAGACAGCAGGCCAACUUCCUCUUUGGGUGGCAAUUGGGGAGGUGGGGGUAGUCAGACUCUUUGUGAUCAGCGGUGUGGAGAUUCGAAGCUGAGAACCACUGGCUCUUCAAAAAACGUCAGCCUCACCUUGCCGGUCACACACAGAGUCCAGCUUCGCCUCUGAAGACCUCGGCCGCUUUGAGGACACCCCCUGCACCGUCGCUGUCAGUUUGCAUCGUCUGGGACGAGCCUCUGUGCCCCAGCGCCGUGAGCCAGCGGACAGCCAUGUCGUCGCGUGUGUUGCUACGGCAGCAGCUGAUGAGGGACCAGGCGCGGGAGCAGGAGCGCCGUGAGGCCCAGCGGCAGGCCUCGGCGGGCCCCCGCGGCACCGCCGGCCCCUCCCCCGCCAUCGCCGUUUCCAUGGCUUCUCCCACAAUCCGCCCACCCCCUGCUCAGGUGCCGGUGGAGGUGCUCAAGGUCCAGACCCAUCUUGAAAACCCCACCAAGUACCACAUCCAACAGGCCCAAAGGCAGCAGGUGAAGCAGUACCUGUCAACCACCCUUGGAACCAAGACAGCCAAUCAGGCAUUGGUGGCAUCUCUAGCUCCGCAGUCAAGCUCCGCCCCCGAGCCGUCACCUGGUGUCAGCAGUGCCCCCAACAGCCCGAUGGCCCUGCUCAACCUCGGCUCCAGCAAGGAGGAGAUUGAUGAUGUUAUCGAUGACAUAAUCAGCCUUGAAUCCAGCUUCAAUGAUGACAUCAUAACACUGAUAGACUCUGGACUGCAGCUUCCUAACACGCUGCCUGUGUCAGGGAACCUCCUGGAUGUGUACAGCAGCCCGGGCGGGGCCAACCCAGCCAUAACUGUCAGCAACUCCUGCCCUGCUGACCUGCAUAACAUCAAGAGGGAGCUCACAGAUGUGGAGGCCAAAGCUUUUAUGAAGGAGAGGCAGAAGAAGGACAACCACAAUCUCAUCGAGAGGCGAAGGAGGUUCAACAUCAAUGACCGCAUCAAGGAGCUGGGAGACCUCAUUCCGAAGUGCGGCGACCCCGAGAUGCGUUGGAACAAGGGCACCAUCCUGAAGGCCUCCGUCGACUACAUCCGCAAGCUGCAGAAGGAGCAGCAAAAGGUGAAGGAGGUGGAGGGGCGGCAGAAGAGGCUGGAGCAUGCCAACCGGAGUCUUCUGCUGCGUAUACAGGAGCUGGAGAUGCAGGCCCGGCUCCAUGGCCUCCCCAACCCUAUGGGCGCCCCCCUGGCCAUGGAACAGGUGGCCCUCCAGCAGCAGGUCGGCCCCGCGCCCCCCCCGAGCCUUCUCUUGCUGGAUGGGACAGGAGGGGAGACAAAGUCCCUUGCACAGGCUGCCGCCCCCCCCGCCUUCCUCUCCCCCCCCAGCCCCAACCUGGGGGUGGGGGUGACUGUGGGCAGCCCCCUGGACCUGGGAACCCUGAGCUUUGCAGAGCUGGAUGAACCACAGGCCAACACGGGUCUGUAUACAGGCGUGGGCCUGGAGGACAUCCUGAUGGACGAGGGCUGCGUCCUGUCCCCCCCCGGGGCUGCCGACCCCCUGUUUGCCGCUGUCUCCCCUGGGCCCUCGAAGACCAACAGCAGGAGGAGCAGCAUUGACAUGGAGGAGGACUUCUGACCGGCUCCCACAGUAGAGGAGCACGACCAUACUUGCUGCCCCCUACAGACAGUCGAACCAAACUGCAGUUACUCUCAGGACAGCCAGGGGGAGGUCCUGCAGGCUGGUUUUCCAGUGCCUUACCGAAUCAUCAUUUGCUUCUCAAACCUGCCUGGAUCCAAAACUUAGGAAACCUUAAUUUGUGGACUGGGAAAUUAAAAAUAUGCAGGGAAGCAGGCAAGUGCAACUGAAACAGCGGGUUUGGUGAAGUACAGAAAGUGUUUUUAAUUGUUAGGGCUUGUAAUGAGUCAGAGUGAAUGAGAAAGCCCCCCCCCCCCGAGUGAAACUGGGGGCAAUGACAGAAAAGCGACAUGCUCAGAUUUUAUUUUAAAGUGCAGACUGGAAUCCAGGUUUGUAAUAAAGCCUGUGUGUGUUUGUGUGAGUGUGCGUGUUUGUGUGACAUAAAGGGAUUUUAGUUACAUAACAGCAUGAUCGACACUUCUACAAGUACAGACAUUGCAUUUAUGCACCCAAAUUUGGCAUUAAAAUGUAUAUAAAUGUAUAAAUUGUAAACCUAUUCCUGGUGGAUGGCCUUAUAUAGGGGGCUGCUGGUGCUCGGACUCCACUCCUCUCUGCCCCAUGGGCUGCCGGCACAGGCCAGCCGCUGCUCUCUGACUCCUUUGUCUUUGAGGCUUUCCCCCACGAGCAAGCACAGUGUCACCUCCCUGACCAGUAGGGGACGCUAUAAGGGCUGCCUGGUGUGUCAUGAACUUGGGAGCUAGCUGGCUAGCUAACCUUUUGGGUUUUUAUUGGAGGGCGGUGCUUUGACUCACUGGUGUGAUCUGUGACUCAGCACAGGCUACCUGGGUGCUUGGGCCUGUGUGACGAUUUCCUGGAGGGGCAAAAAAAAAAAAAAAACCACUAAUGCCACAAGCUGUCUGAAAGCUGCUGCUGCUUGAGACAGUUGGGGGCAGUUCUCCCCCCCCCCCCCCUAAGUCUGCACACACCCUGUGUUCUUGCCUCUUUGCUCUAAUAUUCUCAUGUAUUUGCUCUGUGGACCCAUUUCUGUGUUCUGUGCUGGUUUUGCACUGGUGAUGUAUGUCUAACUAUAGACAAUAUAAAAUAUAUAAUAUAAAAGUUAUUCGAAUUUAUAAAAAUUUGUAUAUUAUAUAAAAGCAAACUGUAGCUCAGCUCUUGCCCUGGGCGCCUUCAAAGUCAGAGUCUAUUUUAAAACUAAUAAUUAUGUCAAAGACAAUGAUAAUAUCAUAAAUAUGAAUGACUGAUUAAUGAAUAAUUAAUAUUGCGGUUGUUUUUGUACCGCAUGGGACUGGCUGGUUUUUUCCCAGCUGAUUCCCCCUGUUUUACUGUCUGCACGUGAAAAGAUCGACCAGCCUCAGGCGCUAUGUUGCUAUGCGAGAGCUUCAGUUUUCACCGAGAUCUCUCCUGUGUCUUUUCUCUCCAGCGCUUUUCAAGGUAACUGUCAUUUUUUAAAAAAAAAAAAAAAAAAAGGUUAAAUCCUGUCACACAAAUCCCCGUCUAGACAAGAAGAAAAAUAUUCUUUUAGACUAAAAUAACAUGGACUUGACUGGUCCUUGAGGGUGCUGGAAAUGAGAUUUGGCUUGUUUGUUGCAAUGAGUAAAAUGACCCUUUACUGUGAGAAAGUUGGGAGUCGGGGGGAGGGGGGGUGGAGGCAUUUUACAAAGAGGAACAUUCUGUUCCACAGCUUUCUUAAACACAGGACAAAUGCGUGGAGCUUCAUUUACAUAUUUAGCACACACUUUUGUCCAAAGUAAGGCACAGGUGAGGAGCUCGGGGUCAGAGGGUGUAGUCAGCGUCCCUGGAGGAGUUGGGGUUAAGGCUAUGAGAUUCGAACCAACAGCCUCCUGGACACGGACACAGAUCUCUAACUUAGCUACACAUGUGGUUUUCAUUCUGUGUGAGACUUAACGAUGGAAAGAACAACAAAACAUGCAAGCACCGCCUUAAAGUGAACUAUAAAAUAAAAUGAAAUAACUGCA